AUGGAGGUCGAAGAUCAUGCCGCUGCCGAUGUCGUCGAGCAGUAUAUUCAAGACGAAGCCGAUCUGACAGAGCUUAGCGACCGCGAGGAGGAGUUCCAGCACGCAGAGGCGUUGGCGGAGGACAGCGAGGACGAGGAGCCCAUCACCAAGCGCGCCAGGGUAUGGCCUGAGGUGUCCACCGUUCGUGCCCAGCGCUACCGGUCAGAGAUCGAGAAUAUCAAGGAGAACUUCCACGAUGAGGUGGACGAGUUCGACACGACGAUGGUCUCGGAGUACGCCGAGGACAUCUUUGAGUACAUGCAGGAGCUUGAGGAGGAGAUGAUGCCCAACCCUGACUAUAUUGAGGGUCAGACGGAGAUCACCUGGGAACAACGGCAACAAAUGGUCGACUGGCUUCUUCAAGUGCACUUGCGUUAUCACCUGCUUCCUGAGACUCUCUGGAUUGCCAUCAACAUCGUGGACCGCUUCCUCUCAAAACGCGUCGUCUCAUUGAUGAAGCUUCAGCUCGUCGGUGUCACUGCCAUGUUCGUUGCUGCGAAGUACGAGGAGAUCCUCGCGCCGUCUGUCGAGGAGUUUGUUUUCAUCACCGACCGCGGCUUCAGCAAGGAUGAGAUCCUCAAGGGCGAACGCAUCAUGCUCCAGACGCUCGAGUUCAAGAUCAGCCAAUACUGCUCGCCGUACAGCUGGAUGCGCAAAAUCAGCAAGGCGGACGACUACGACCUCCAAACACGAACGCUCAGCAAGUUCCUCACCGAGGUAACGCUUCUGGACUAUCGCUUCCUGCGCGUCAAGCCGAGCAUGGUCGCGGCGAUUGGCAUGUACACCGCGCGGAGAAUGUUGGGGGGUGACUGGAACGAGUCGUUCGUGUACUACUCCGGCUUCACCGAAGAGCACCUCCUUACUGGCCACAAGCUCUUGUGCCAGAAGCUGGCGGAGUCCAACUUCCAGGAGCAGCUUGUCUGCAAGAAGUACGCGACGAAGCGGUUCCUCAAGGCGUCCCUCUACGCCAUCGACUGGGCUCGCACACAUCUGCACGAAGCCAUGCACGAAGAGAUGAGCAUCGAGUAA